AUGCGCCCAAUAUCUGCAUCACCAGCAGCCCUAGCGGGUCUGCUCGUACUCUCUGUCUCCUCUUUAGCAUCUGCCUCGGCCGCCGUACUGGGUAUAGACUUCGGCCAGGAAUUCAUCAAAGCCGCGCUAGUCAAACCUGGAAUCCCCCUCGAGAUAGUCUUGACGAAGGACACCAAGCGCAAGGAAGCCGCGGCUGUAGGCUUCAAGCCAGCCAGCAACGGCAAAGAGGGGGAAUUCGCAUACCCGGAGCGACUAUACGGCGCCGACGCGGUCAACCUCGCAGCUAGGUUUCCACACGAUGUUUACCCGGGGUUGAAGAAGGUUAUGGGUCAGCACAUUACGGAUGACUCGGUCAUGGCGUAUUGGGCGAGGAAUCCUGCGCUCUCGGUUGUUCCCAAUUUAUUCCGGUCUACGGUUGCGUUCCAGAGCUCGUCGGCGCCGCCUGUGGAUUCUGGAGAGGGGGAGUUUACGGUUGAGGAGCUUUUGGCUAUGCAGUUCAAGUCAAUUGUGUACAAUGCAAAAGCUUUGGCGGGAGCGAACACCAGGAUUAGGGAUGUGGUGUUUACGGUUCCGGCGUUUUUGAAGGCUGAAGAAAGGAGCUCUCUUAAGCUCGCCGCUGAGCUUGCUGGAUUAAAGGUUAUGAGUUUUGUUUCGGACGGAUUGGCCGUUGGGAUCAAUUACGCUACUACUCGUACCUUCAAUGAGAGCUCGCCUGAGUAUCACAUUGUUUAUGAUAUGGGUGCGGGGUCGACUACGGCUACUCUACUGAGGUUCCAAGGCAGGAGUGUAAAGGAUGUUGGGAGGUUCAAUAAGACAGUUCAGGAGGUCACAGUUCUUGGCAUUGGUUACGACACUGAGCUCGGCGGAGAUAUCUUUAACCAGGAGAUAUUCGAAAUUCUUCUAGAUGACUUUGUCAACAACCCUAAGGCGAAGGGGCUCCUUGAGGAGGACCCGGACCUCAAGAACACUGUUCGCACCAAUGGCCGUGCUGCAUCUAAGCUCUGGAAGGAGGCAACCAGAGUCCGACAGAUCCUCUCCGCUAACACUGACACUGUUGCUUCUAUCGAGUCAUUGUACAAGGAUAUUGAUUUCCGCUCCAGCAAAAUCACUCGCGCUACUUUUGAGAAGCUUCUCGCCCAGUACGAGGCUCGCAUCACCAAACCGAUCACUGAUGCAAUUAGCAACGCUAAUGUUGCCUUGAGUGAAGUCAAUACAUUGAUCGUCCACGGAGGUGCUGUCAGAACCCCAUUCGUCGGAAAGAAGAUUGAAGAUAUCAUAGGAGGUGCUGAGAAGAUCUCUAAGCAAGUCAAUCCUGACGAGUCAGCUGUCCUUGGAGCUACCUUUAAAGGCGCGGCUGAGAGUGGUGCUUUCAAGGUCAAGGAGAUCCGAACCCAGGAUAUUGGUGCUUUUGGCGUCUCUAUCAAGUACAAAAAGGAUGCAGAGGCAAAGAAAGAAACCGUCCAACAAAUCUUCCCCUUUUACUCCAAGAUUGGCAGCGAAAAGGUCAUCCCUUUCUCUCGGAACUCGGAGCUCACUUUUAACACUGUCCACAACCUCCCUCCUAGGAUCAACGACCCCAACCAAAAGCCUAGGCAGGAACUGCUCGAGACUAUCGAGACAUCUAACCUUACCAGCUCUGUCAAGAAGCUUCAAGAUGACUUUGGAUGUGCGGAGAACGAUAUUGUUACUAAAUUUGGUAUUGUGCUCAACCCUAAGGACUCUCUUCCAAAGGUCAUUAGAUUUUGGGUCGAAUGUGGCGUCGAGGUUGCUCCGGAAGCUCCAAAAAGGGAUGCUGGUGGUGCCUUUGAGGAUGUCAAGGGAUUUUUCGGGUAUGGAAAGAAGGAUGCCUCGAAGUCGACUAAGUCAGCGGACUCACAGCCUAGGGCCAUUAGGAGAAUUGAAAAGAUUCCUGUCAAGUAUACUAUUACCAAGGCCGGAUUUCCCAACAUUCCGGAAAAAGACAUGACGUCUUUGAUCCUGAAGAUCCGCGGAUUUGACAAGCAUGACAAAGAGCGUAAGGAUCUUGAGGAAGCUCGUAACAACCUUGAGGCAUAUACCUACCGUGCUAGAGGUUAUUUGAGUGAUGAUGCAUUCAUCGCCGUCUCCACUGAAGAGCAACGUGAGAGAUUGGACGCCAUGAUUAGCGAGGCUAGCGAUUGGCUUUACGGUGAUGGAUAUACUGCUGGCCUUAAAGAAGUCCACCAAAAAAUCAAGCAGCUUGAGGCUCUUGAAGCCCCCAUUUCUAAAAGAAGGACGGAGAAGGACAGUCUCCCGGAGGCCCUCAAAGGUCUUAACAAUAUCCUUAUCUCCAUGAAGGGUUUCAUCGAGCGUGAGGAAUCUCUUGCUGAGGCGCAGUCCGACGAUUCCUACUCAUUCGACUUGAAGCCGCUGAAGAAGGCCUAUGAGAAGGAGAGAGCCUGGGUUGAAGAGAAGAGUGCCGCUCAGGAGAAGCUCCAGCCCCAUGAAGGCCCCAUAUUAACCUCCGAGGAGAUAUGA